UGGUACAUUUGACAACGGUAAUCCACACGCCUUCCUCUGACUGCCACGUCAAGCUCCUUGUGGAACAGCAGCUUUUUAACUUCUUGUACUUGCUGCUGUAACUAACCUGACGCCUCGGACUGUGGGAGAAACACUGGAAGAGCCUGCCAAAACACAUUUAUCAGCGUUCACAACUCUGACUCUAUCUGUUCCUGUGAGCCCAGCAAGGACAUAGGGUGAGCAGUCGUGGAGACAUCAUGAGGCAGCUCAAAGGCAAACCCAAGAAAGAAACCUCCAAGGACAAGAAGGAGCGUAAGCAGGCAAUGCAGGAGGCCCGACAGCAGGUGGCCACUGUAGUGCUGCCUACGCUGGCUGUAGUGGUGCUUCUCAUCGUGGUCUUUGUCUACGUGGCUACCAGGCCUGGUGCUAUCGAGUAGUAUGUCAGUUCCACUACAAAGACAUGAGCUCCCAAAGUGACUGGAGUUUGAAAAACUGACAAUGGCUGUACCCAAAGGAUUACCCCAUCACGCGACAAGCAUCCACUUUAGGCCAGUGAAUGGCCUACCAUUAGUCUUAAUGAAAGCCUCCUCCAAAGUGUGUUUCUUUGCUUUAAGCAAAGUUCAAGUUGCAGAAAGAAGAAAUUAACCUGAGCAGUUGCUCCUUGGUGCCUUCUGAUGAAUAAAGAUCCAUGUUAUCCCGUUCACUUUAGAGCAGCAGAUGGAUUCAUGUUGAUGUCUUACAGAAUGACACAAUAUCACGCAUACCAAAGGACUCGUGCACAGUUUGCCAAGUUUGCCCAGAGGUAUUCAAAAAUGUUCACAGAAUUUUCCUAUUGUGACUCAGUGCUUUUCUAAAUAUUUCAAGUCAAUGCAACCUGAGCCUGGUCUCAGACAUGUACCACUCACACCCAUCUGUAUGAAUGUGUAUG